GGAAGAGAACCUGGACCGGAUUCUGGAAGCUCGCAAUGAGGCUGCCGACCACGUGCGCGGCCGCGGCGCCGCUCUGCUCGCACGCCUUGACCGCAUGUUCUUCGAGGGCAGCAUUUCGGUCAAGGAGAACGCGAUGCGCGCCGAUCUCUUCGCAGCACUAGCGCGGAUCGACGAGCUGGCAAUUGAGAAAAUCCUCACGGCCUGCGCUGCGAUCGUGGCAUUGCCUGACGACGGCGAGCGACCGUACGCGUGUUGGGCACAGCGACUGCUGCGCGAGCAGCCCGCGGACGAUCCAGUGCUGUUGAGGACUAUCGCAACCGACGCGGAGUGGCAAUCACUGGCCCUUCAGCUGCACUUUACACUGGACAAGUUCGCGACCAGCAACGUCAUUUCUGCGCGCACCGCACCGCUGGACAUGGAGCUGGAGGCGUACGAUGCGCACGUCGGCCGCACCUGGACGACGCUCCGCGAACGCAAGCUGGCUUCGACGGACAGCAAGCUAGCACUCUCACGCCAUGACAAUGUCUUCCGUCUCAAGACGACGCCGUUCUCCAGCAACGCAGCCAGCCGCCGGUCGAACCGCCGCAGCUCCGCUGCGAGCAGCCCACUUCAUAGCCGCCGCCCCAGCAAGGCCGACCUCACGGCUCACUCCACUCCUUCGUCCUAGAUGGGCAAACCCUUAAGCAGAUACAAAGGCUUAUGAAUGCUUCUGCUGGUGUUAAGAUAAAUGUCGGCGCCUUUGAUAUAUACUUCAGAUGUGUACUAUUGCCACGGCUCCGCGGUUGCUCAAUGGGAUAAAACUCCUACCUGCAGAGAUCAA